AUGACGAGAAGGAAGGUGAAGCUUGAGUACAUAACCAAUGACUCCUCGAGAAGGGCAGCAUUUAAGAAGAGAAAGAAGGGCCUCAUGAAGAAGGUGAGCGAGCUGAGCACCCUGUGCGGCAUCAACGCAUGUGCCAUCGUCUACGGUCCCUACGACCGUCAGCCUGAUCUCUGGCCACCUUCCCGCAUGGCUGUCCAGCGCAUCAUCUCGAGGUUCAAGGAGAUGCCGGACAUGGAGCAGAGCAAGAAGAUGGUGAGCCAGGAGGCUUACCUGAGGCAGCGGAUCUCGAGGGCGAACGACCAGCUCAAGAAGCAUAGCAAGGAAAACCGUGAGAGGGAGGUGACCAAAAUCAUGUUCAAUGUCUUGACUAGCACAUUCACUGGCACCACCCCUGUUUGGCCAAGCAUGAGGGUGAUGGAUCUCCAUGACCUUUCAUGGGUGGUCGACCAAUAUGCUAAGGACGUCAUCAAAAGGUCCGACACCCUCAAAGAGGCCUUGGGGAUUGGUGACGGCAGCGAAGUUGCAGCACCCCCACCACCGCCACCAGAUGUGCCAGCAGAGGGAUUAGCUGAGACUGAAGGAGGGGGGCGAGUGCAAGCGAACGCUGGCAUGCAAAGGCCACCAUGGUUCGUGGAGUUGGGGAAUCCCCAAGAGCCCAACGUACCAUUCGCAGGAAAUGAGCUGAUGCUGCUUCCAUUUGGUGGCAACAUCAACAACAACAACAAUCCCCAAAAUGUUGUCUGGCCAAGCAACAACAACAACAAUCCCCAGAAUUUGGUUUGGCCAAACAACAAUCCCUUUUUUCCUUGA